CUUAUGACGUCAUCCACUCGGCCAUAUUUAUCGGAGACGACUUCAUAAUCGUUGGAAAUAAACAAUAAUUAUUGUUUUUCAAGUUGCACUUAAUACUUAAAUUGAAUUAAGAAAACUCGAGAUAUCAAGAUGGCUACAACACCACCAGCAACUUUACCAACAGAAGAUAAUACUAUGAGGACAGAAUUACAGGAGUUGCAGAUGCAAGCAAAUUUGGUUACUGAUGAAUCAUUGGAAAGUACAAGGCGUAUGUUGCAGAUGUGUGAGGAGAGUAAAGAAGCAGGUAUCAAGACAUUGGUUAUGUUGGAUGAACAAGGAGAACAAUUGGACCGUAUUGAUGAGGGAAUGGAUCAAAUUAAUCAAGAUAUGAGGGAUGCUGAGAAGAAUUUAGAGGGUAUGGAAAAAUGCUGUGGUCUCUGUGUUCUGCCAUGGAAACGAGCCAAAAACUUUGAGAAGGGAUCAGACUACAAUAAGACAUGGAAAGCUAAUGAAGAUGGAAAAGUUAACGCUAAUGGUCCUAGAAUAACUGUUGACAGUGGUAAUGGUGCUGUUAUGUCCAGUGGAUUUAUUACAAGAGUGACAAAUGAUGCUAGAGAGACAGAAAUGGAGGAUAAUUUAACUGAAGUGAGUGGUAUGAUAGGUAAUCUAAGAAACAUGGCCAUUGAUAUGGGUAGUGAAAUUGGUUCACAGAAUCGACAGAUUGACAGAAUUAACCAGAAGUCUGAUUCUCUAAUUGUGCGGGUGGAUGAAGCUAACACUCGAGCUACAAGGAUUAUGCGUAAACAGUGAGACUGAGCCGGAUUAGGAACAAGGAACUUUUUAAUUUGUGAACAAGAGGAUGUAAAAUAAUGAACCACAACUAACUGAAUGAGUGAGAAGUUACAAUAAAGACAGUGUUUUGAAAGUGUCUUAAACAAUUCUGAGAUAAGUAUAUAGAACUAUCAAUUAGAUACCCAACAGAGAUAUAACUGUCUACUUUAAGACAUAGAACAGAAAUUGUCCAUUAAUUAUAAUAAGAGUAUAAAGGGUGUAAGUUUAUCCUUCAUGUUGAUUACUUGCAUAUAUUUUAUAUGAAUUGAUUAGUGCUGAUUUUGACGAUUUCUUUAAAUAAAUAUUAUUAAUCUUAUAUAUAUUCUAUACUUGACGAUUGUUUGUAUUUUGUCAGUUGGUGACUGUGAAGGCUCCUCGAACAAGUAUUACAUUCCUCUUCAUCCAAAUAAUAAUAUUUUAUAUUCCAUGUUUGUAAUUGUAAUGAUUAUAUUAUGUCUGUAAAUUUCUCAUAACAAACUUCUUUCAAAAUGUCUAGUUCUUUUCCAAAUGAAGAUUUAAGGAAAAUAUUUUACUUGGUAAAAACUGAAUGGCAUUAGUGAAUGAACUUUUUAGACAUUUUAGCUGACCAUGAAACCGUUUUAAAUUUUGUUGAGAAUGAUUAUAAUAUACAUUGUUUGUGCAGAUACGAGAGCCCAUAAAGCUCACUUUAAAAUGGUUUGAUGUAUUUGUUCACGAAAUGCCAUUUAUGAUGUUUUUAAAACAUGGUUUGUUAAUGUUAUGAGAGAAGAACGGUACACUGCUUUAUUGUUUAAUUGUGUUUUUAAAGUAUAAUAAAUGUUAUAUCUAUGUACGGUAAUAAUAGGUAUAUUUAUAUAUGUUAUGAUAAUUGAAAUAUUUCUUGACAUUACCAGGGUCUGUAGAAUAUUAUUACCCUUGGAUCAACACUACCAGACAUUUUGUCAGGAGUUCCAUCGAUAUUCAGUGUUAUAUACAUUAGUGUCAUUGAUCUCAUGAUCAGCAAAAUUUGUCUACUGAUAUUGAGUGAUUUCUUGAAGAUCAAGUAAUUUCCAAUUCUUGAAAGUUCCAGAGGGCGUGUGUCUCUAUUGCACUUUUGAUUGGCCACAUGCUAUUGAACCAGACCUUCGAUGCACUAGUUUUAGAACAAUGAACUCAGCAGGAAUUUCCAAGUCUGGUUCUCACUUGUAGGAGUUGACUAUUCUGUCUAGUCAUUCAAAAAUAUGAGGAACUGUUCCUGGAGGCAUGUCACUUAAUUGCACUUUUGAUUGGCCCCAUGUUAUUGAAUCCAGACCCUGGAUGCAGUGGUUGCAAAGGACUCAACCAGUAAGGUCUGGUUCUCACUUAUCAGAGGUCACAGAUCUGUCUAGUCAGAAAUAUGAGGACCUGUAAACUUAAAUUGUAUUGCACAUAAAUAGGAUUCCUUAAUGUAGACCAGGAUUAAACUCUGCUAUCUUGAGGAAAAUUCUCCCAUUGGCAUUGCACAGCUAAUGAUAGAAAUAAAACAACUGCUGUGACCGUUCAUCUCAAUAUUACCUAAAUAAAAUGUGUACGAGACAUUAAGUGCCAUUCCAUUUGAUGUCAAAAACCAGGUAAUAUGACAGUUAAUUAGAAUGAGGAGUAAUGAGAAUGAUAUGUUUUUAGAACUUGGUUAUGGUCAAGAUAAUAUAAUGUAUUAUAAUAUAUAAUAAACUUGUUAUAAAGAAUGGUUUGUUGUAGAAUUUCAUGAUAGGAAUGAAUCAAGAUGGAACACUAUUUCCAAUACACAAAAUCCCAGUGUAGAUGAAUCUGAAUAGUAAUGAUGUGUUAUAUGAAACAUGUAAACUGACUUGUCUAUACAUUUCAGGUCUGUAUUAAGACUUUGAUUAUGAUCAGGUAGCAUUUAUUAAACGUGAAGUAUUCCUAGUGGGGUGGGGGGUGGGUGGGGGGGGAGUAGCAAAUAGCUUGGAGUGAGGGAGGUAGUUUUGGUUUACUGCUUUGAAAAUAAACUAUUCCUAUUCUGUCGGGAUACAAUACGCCUGACACUAAAAGUAUUAGUAUGGUUGAUGUGUACUGUGUUGCAUUUUUCAUGGGGUGGGUUUUAAGGCAGGAGUAGCAAACUCAGGUAUCACCCACACUCUAACAACAUCACUAAAGAGGGAAGGGUGGUGGGGUUUCUUGCAUAAAAUAAUGCAGUAUUUGUAAUAAGCGGGUUAGUUGAGACAAGAGCAGAUUAAGGCAUAUCCCAUAUUUCAAUAAUGCAUCAAAAUUAAUCAAAUUCACACUUUCUAAACUAAAGUUGAUAAUACAUAAAUUGAUAUUAAGCUGUACUAAAAUAUUUUCUUGUAGACAAUGAUAUAAUAAUAACCAUUCUUUAAUAAUAUUACCUAUAUACUGUAGUCAUAUCUUGUUCCUAACUGUAAACUACAAGGAAAUAUAAAUGACAUUAAGAAAGGAGUGGUGAUGUAUGAGGCUAUACUUUUAAUCUGGACUAGGUAAUAUCAGACAUUGUGAACUUUGUGCUGGAUUUGUAUUAAACAUGUAUCAAUAAAAACAGAUAAAAGACAAAAUGACAGACACCUGAGGGAUUUGUGCUGAUCAAAGCCGGAAUUUAUACCCGACAGGUGCAUUGUUUCUAAGCGUAUGUUUGAUGCAAGGGAAGGAAUGGAUGAGUUAAAACUCCAGAGUGUAGAUUUUGUAUUAAUUUAAAAUUGAUUGCCAGAAAAAUAUGAGCUUUAUAUUUUCAUUUGAUUAGAAAUAUGCAUGAAAUUUUCUCUUAUUUCAUAUAGAAUUCUGUUUGUUUUUACAGUUGGGAACAAGGAUUGUUUUAUGUUUGUUUAUAUUCAGUGAGCCACGAACACUCUCAACAUAUUAAUUAUUUAUUUGCAAGGCAGAACUCUGUAUAUAACAAUAUCUAUUAAUAUAUAUAUAUACUGUAUAUGUUUAAUUGUCAUUGCUUCUAAUUAUAUUAUAUCAUUAUGUAAAUAAUCAUUCAUUCUUUUUGCAACUUAUUAUUAGAUAUGAAAUAAAAAUAAAAAAACAUUAGAUUUCUGGGUAUGAUGUAGAUAUAAAGUGAUGCUAUAUAUUAUGUAUUUAUCUGAAUAUAGGUCAUUCUCUAUAUCUAUAAUGUAUAUAUAACUUAAAUCAAGGGCAAUAAUUGGAUUCCAUACACUAUGACUAUAGUAUUAUCACAAUAAAUAAACAAAUCUGAAAAUAUAUCAUUGAUAAUUGAUGCAGUUGAUGUUAUGUUGUGCUUCUAAAAGCUGAUAUUAAGAAAAGUAUAAGAAUAUGUCAUGUAUGCAAAAUCAGACCUGGAGAUAAUGAUUUUAGUUGUAUGUGACUAAAUAUCAGGCACUAACUACAAAACUAGUACCUGCUAUUUUGACAAAGCAUGACAGUAUGCCUGACAAUAUCAUGACAAGUGCCAUAUUUCCAGGUUUGAAAAUCUACAAAUGAAUAUAUUCUUAAAUUGUGUAAUUCUUAGCAGGCCAUCGUUGCAAGAUGAGAGUCAAUUAAUAAUAUGACCGUUUUUACUAAACUCACAUCACUUGGCUGUACUGUUUUGCUACCACAUUUUCAUUGGUCAGUCAUUUCAUGUUUGAACUGCUAACUGCUUGCGUACCUGUCUCUAUAUAUAAACAUCUUUCAAGACAUUUGGUCACACAUUAUCACCUGAAGUUCAAUCAGUUGUAUUGUUUAUUGUGUGGAUAUGAAGAUGAAAUAAGUGUUUUAUUAUCUGAAAUUAUGUCAUUGAAAUGUGUCCCAUGUUUCUUGGUUGUCAUAUCAGGCUUGUUUUAAGAUGUUUAUUUAUUAUGGUUGUUACAGCAUCAAAUGACUUGCUAUUCAUUCAGUAUAAGGCCAAUAUGGGCUAUAAUCUGUAUAUACCAGAAUUUGUCCACCCCUCACUGCGCUGGUAUGUGGGGUCGACAUGCAGUAGGCUACAUGAUCUUACUAUUCAUUCAAUAUAAGGCCAAACUGCUAUCUAUGUAUAUCAGAAUCUACUCACCACUUAAUGUGCUGGUAUGUGUAUCGACAUGCAUUAGGCUAAAUGACUUGUUUCUUAUUCAGUAUAAGGCCAACAAGGUCUAUAAUCUCUAUAUAUAUAUCAGAAUCUGUCCACUCUUGACUGUGCUGGUAUGGUGAUAUGUGUGGUCGACAUGCAGUAGGCAAAAUGACUUGUUACUUAUUCAAUAUAGGUCAACAAGGUCUAUAAUCUAUAGAUAUAUAUCAGAAUCUGUCCACCACUUAAUGUGCUGGUGUGUGCGGUCGACAUGCUGUAGGUGACUUGUUACUCAUUCCAUGGCCAAUAUGGGCUAUAAUCCAUAUCUAGAAGAACAUGUCCAUCACUCAGAUUCUGAAUUUAACCUGUAUUAAAUCUAAAUUCAAGUUUAACAUUUAUUCAUUGAAUCAGAUGUAUGAGCUAUAAGCAAUUGGUAUCAGGUUUGUUGUUAUCACCUAAUAAAGCUAAGGUUUACAAAGAAUGAAUGUCGAAUGAAUGAUUUAAAUCCAAUCAAAGAUUGAAUUAGUAAUUUCUUGAUCAAAAAUACUCAAUGAAAUCUAUUAUUUAUUAUAAAGGAAAAAUUAUGCACCAUAAAACGUUAUAAAAUAUUAUUAUUAUUGUUUAAAUGUUAUUGUUUGAUUUUAUAUAAAUAUCACUUGUACUGUUGUAGUUUGAAAGGUUUUAUAUUUUGAUGCUCAAUAACGUCAGGUAGCUAAAGAGAAAGGCAAAAGUUUUGUUGAAAAAAAAAAAAGAAAAGAAAACUUUUAACAUGUAUGAAACAUCCCAAAUUCAUUAAAUAAUCUAUUAUAGAGGUAAAAAAAAAAAUAUAUGUAUAUAUCCAAAAAAAAGAAAGAUAAAUUUAUAGUGUGUUAAACAAGCCUACAUUGAAUAUAUAAAUAUCUUAUACAGGUCCGAUAUAUGGUAUAUGGUCAAAAUAAAAAAUACUUAUGUUUACAGAUAUCCAACUGACCCAAUUGUUUUCAGCCAGGGCCUAUUAUCAGUCUCCGGGUGUUUUUUUGUGGAGAAAUUCAAACACUGACAUUAUUUUUUUGUGGACAAAUUCAAACACUGACAUUAUUUUUUUGUGGACAAAUUCAAGCACUGACAUUAUUGUAUUAUUUUCAAGAACUUUACUCAGUAAUAAAGAUAGAAUGUUUGGAAAUAGAUAAUGCAAACCUCACGAAAAAAAAAGAUUUUCUGACUGACUGCCUCUAUUUUUUGUGGCAAAGUAACUGUAAACACAGGUUGUUGUUAUUUUUCUUGACCUAAUACAAAGCCAAUUUAUCAAGAUUCAAGAAUUGCCGAUGUGCCAAAAAAAGAUAAAAGUAUGAAAUCAUGCAUCAAACUAUGCUAUAUGUAUAAAAUGUACCUACAAUGUAAAUGGCCGAAAAACUCAAAUCAUUAUGUGCAAUGUAUGUAGCCUGUCUGUGUUUCUUUCAGCAAAUCAAUGUUAUGUAGAUAGUACUAUUAAAAUUUCUUUCUUCAAAACACAA